AUUGGUUACAUUUUUACAUUGCAAUUGAGAUAAGAGAAAGUGGCGCUGCGGCGUGUUAUUCUGUUUUAAACGAAAUUAAAAGAGAGAAGGAAACAUUUUGCUUUGUGACACAUUUACUCUCCAGAUCAAGACACAAAGAGCUGUCGAAUACCCGGGAUAUCUUUUUUUUUUUUUUCCUUUGUUUUUCAGGAAAAAAAUAAUCCUGAUUGAAUUUAUUUAAUGCACAUUUUAUUUCUGGCUUCCUGAUUUGAAUUUCUUGCGUAUGCAGGUGCGCAGGUCGGUCGUCGCUGAGCGCACACCUGGAUUGGAACGCGUUUGGGAGAGGAUCGAUCGUCUUCGCCAGGAAAGACGGGGGGAAUGAAUUGCUUUGCGUUUUAGAUUUUAAACUUGCUUUUCUUUUUUUACUGCAAGCUGGAUAAAAGAAGAAAGAAAGAAGGACGCAGAAUUGAACGGGAUUAAAACAACGAUCGGAACAAAACACCUAAUUAUUAUUAUUAGUAGAAGUAGUAUUGUUACAAACCACACGUCUUUAUAUGUGCGCAUAUACGUGCAAAUAUAUAUGAACAGUACACACCAAUGCAAACUGCUACCCGGGAUCAAUCCUGCGUGUUGUGAUGCGUCUUCCUGCUACAGGUUUUGAUGCCAGUUUGGAUUUUAACUCUUGGGUCUGUACGUUUCUAGAAUGGCUAUCUUUGGAGACGACCUACCAACCCGCUAUGGAGGCGGCGGUCCGCCGGGCGCUGGGCGAGGGGGAAACCGGCAGGGAGGCCCCCAAGUCGCACCAAGGAUGUACAAGCAGUCGAUGGCUCAAAGGGCCAGGACUAUGGCUCUGUACAACCCCAUCCCCGUCAAACAAAACUGCUUUUCGGUUAACAGAUCCCUCUUCAUCUUUAGCGAAGACAAUAUCAUACGAAAAUAUGCCAAAAGAAUAACGGAAUGGCCUCCAUUUGAGUACAUGAUUCUAGCCACAAUCAUAGCAAACUGCAUCGUCCUGGCGUUGGAACAACACCUGCCAGCAAAGGAUAAGACACCCAUGUCAGCAAGACUGGACGAUACAGAACCCUACUUUAUUGGAAUAUUUUGUUUUGAAGCCGGCAUAAAGAUCAUUGCCCUGGGCUUUGCCUUUCACAAAGGCACCUACCUUCGGAAUGGCUGGAACGUCAUGGAUUUUGUAGUCGUCCUGACUGGACAGAGCUCCAGGUUACAGGUAGAUCUGCCGGGCUGUUCUAACUGGCUUCCUCCCCAAUGUAUUCCAGGUGAGCAGACGGUGGAUUACCCCUGUGGCACUGAGCCCCCUGCGCGGACCUGUCCUGUCGGAUCAGAGUGUAGGGAGUACUGGAUCGGACCCAACUUUGGCAUCACCAACUUUGAUAACAUCCUGUUCGCAGUGCUCACCGUCUUCCAGUGCAUCACCAUGGAGGGCUGGGUGGAGAUCCUGUACAGCGCGAAUGAUGCUGCAGGAAACACGUGGAACUGGCUCUACUUCAUCCCCCUCAUCAUCAUCGGCUCCUUCUUCAUGCUCAACCUGGUUCUGGGAGUGCUGUCUGGAGAGUUUGCUAAAGAGCGCGAGCGGGUGGAGAAGAGGAGGGAGUUCCUGAAGCUCCGCAGGCAGCAGCAGAUCGAGCGAGAGCUGAACGGGUACCUGGAGUGGAUCUGUAAGGCAGAGGAAGUCAUGUUAGCUGAAGAAGAUAAGAACGCAGAGGAGAAAUCUCCCUUGGAUGUUUUGAAAAGAGCGAAAACGAAGAAGAGCAAGAACGACCUGAUCCACGCGGAGGAAGGGGAGGACCACUUCACUGACAUCACCUCCAUGGGAUCUCCGUUCGCACGAGCCAGCCUGAAGAGUGGGAAGAACGAAAGCUCCUCCUACUUCAGACGCAAGGCGAAGAGGUUCCGCUUCUUCAUCCGUCGCAUGGUGAAGGCGCAGAGCUUCUACUGGGCAGUCCUCUGCGUGGUGGCCCUCAACACUCUCUGUGUGGCCAUCGUGCACUACGACCAGCCUCAGUGGCUGACCGACGCACUGUAUUUCGCUGAGUUUGUUUUCCUGGGGCUGUUUCUGACUGAGAUGACUUUGAAAAUGUAUGGGCUGGGCCCACGGAACUACUUUCACUCCUCGUUUAACUGUUUCGACUUUGGGGUGAUCAUAGGCAGUAUUUUUGAGGUGAUCUGGGCUGCAGUGAAGCCUGGAGCUUCAUUUGGUAUUAGUGUGCUGAGAGCACUGCGGCUGCUGAGGAUUUUCAAAGUGACAAAGUACUGGAACUCUCUGCGGAACCUGGUCGUGUCUCUGCUCAACUCCAUGAAGUCCAUCAUUAGCCUGCUGUUCCUGCUCUUCCUCUUCAUCGUGGUCUUCGCUCUGCUGGGCAUGCAGCUCUUCGGCGGACAGUUUAAUUUCAAUGAGGAAACGCCAACGACAAAUUUCGAUACAUUUCCUGCUGCGAUUCUCACGGUCUUUCAGAUCCUGACCGGUGAGGACUGGAAUGCAGUGAUGUAUCAUGGGAUUGAAUCCCAAGGUGGCGUCCGCAAAGGAAUGCUGUCGUCUAUCUAUUUCAUCAUCCUCACCUUGUUCGGUAACUACACGCUGCUCAAUGUCUUCUUGGCCAUUGCUGUUGACAACUUGGCCAAUGCACAGGAACUAACAAAGGAUGAGGAAGAACUGGAAGAGCAAACCAAUCAGAAACUUGCCCUCCAGAAGGCCAAGGAGGUAGCAGAAGUCAGCCCCAUGUCGGUCACUAACAUUUCCAUUGCAGCUUUUGUAAAGCAAACUCGAGGUGCUCUAUCUUGCAGCUCGUCCGUCUCCAGCGUUAAUUCAGCCAGGGAGCAGCAGAAGGCGAUGAAGCUGAUGUCGGUGUGGGAGCAGCGCACCACGCAGAUCCGGAGGCACAAUCUGCAGGCGAGCUGCGAGGCUCUGUACAACGAGCUGGACCCUGAGGAACGCAUGCGACUCUCCUCCUUGCUGCACAUCCGACCUGACAUGAAGACGCACCUGGACCGCCCCCUGGUGGUGGAGCCCCGUGAAGAGGUCCGCAACAACGUGGGGGAGGCAGCCGAGAAAUCCCCGGCCCAGGAAACCACCGACACGGCCCCCAGGAAACACCACCGUCACCGGGACAAACCGGCCGAGCAGCAGCAGGACAAAACCGAAGGAUCCAACGAGAACGGAGAGUCCAGCGGGAAAGAGGGGAGGCACCGCUCCCACCACAGCCGGAGCAAAGAACAGGAGGGCAAGGAGGGGAAGAGCGAGCGCAGCCGGAGCAGGGAACGGGGGAAGAGGCACCACCACCAGGUCUCUGUGGAGGAGGGGGCGGAGAAGGAACACAGGAGGCACCGGUCUCACCGGCACUCCGCCGAGCGCCAGGCCAAGGAGGGCAACGGCACCGUUAACAACGGGAAGGGAGAGAGGCGCCCCCGGCACAAGGACGGCUCUCGAUCCACCAACAAAGAGGGAGAGGCAGGAACCAAGGGGGAGAACGGGGAGCGGCCAGAGAAACGCCACAAGCACCGCUCCAAAGCCAUGUCCACUUACGAGGGGGAGGAGAAGAAGGAGAAGGAGGGAGAGGCUGGGGAGAAGGAGCACAAGAACCACUGGCCAAAGCAGAAUCAGGCCGAGACCGAGCCAGGGACCCUGGCCUCCACACCCCUGCAGGCCCCAGGCAGCCUGAAUCCAGUGGAGGAGAAGCCCGAAGACUCAGACAACCAGAAGAACGUGAAGCGAACGAUGCAGACGAUGGACAACACCAACACUGUGCACAUCCCCGUCACCAUCACAGCACCGCCUGGGGAGACCACCGUCAUUCCCAUCAACAACGUUGAUUUCGAAACUUUGGCAAAAAAUGAAGAGAAAAAGAACCUGGAAGAUCUCACCAGAAACGGACCGAAGCAAAUCCUGCCCUACAGCUCCAUGUUUGUGUUCACUUCAUCCAACCCUGUACGGAGGCUGUGCCACUACAUUGUGAACCUGCGCUACUUCGAGAUGUGCAUCCUGGUGGUGAUCGUCAUGAGCAGCAUCGCCCUGGCAGCCGAGGAUCCAGUAGAGACCGAGGCUCCCAGAAACAAGGUCCUCAAAUAUUUGGACUACGUUUUCACUGGAGUCUUCACGUUUGAGAUGGUGAUCAAGAUGAUCGAUUUGGGCCUGUUGCUUCACCCCGGGUCUUAUUUCCGAGACCUGUGGAACAUUCUGGAUUUCAUUGUAGUCAGUGGUGCCUUGGUAGCGUUUGCCUUUUCAAGCUUCAUGGGAGCACACCAAAGUGUUGCCAGAGGAACGAAAGGAAAGGACCUCAACACAAUCAAAUCCCUGCGAGUACUCAGAGUCCUCCGGCCACUGAAGACGAUCAAGCGACUGCCCAAACUCAAGUCGGUGUUUGACUGUGUGGUAAACUCUCUGAAGAACGUGCUCAACAUCCUGAUUGUCUACAUGCUCUUCAUGUUAAUCUUCGCUGUCAUCGCCGUGCAGCUCUUCAAAGGGAAGUUCUUCUACUGCACUGACGAGUCCAAGGAGCUCGAGAAGGACUGCAGGGGUCAGUUUUUGGAUUAUGAGAAGGACGAAGUGGACGCACAGCCCCGGGAGUGGAAGAAAUAUGAUUUCCAUUAUGACAACGUGCUGUGGGCCUUCCUGACGCUCUUCACUGUCUCAACGGGAGAGGGCUGGCCAACCGUCCUGAAGCACUCCGUGGAUGCCACCUAUGAAGACCAAGGUCCCAGCCCCGGCUUCCGCAUGGAGAUGUCCAUCUUCUACGUAGUCUACUUUGUGGUCUUCCCCUUCUUCUUUGUCAACAUCUUUGUAGCUUUGAUCAUCAUCACCUUUCAGGAGCAGGGUGACAAAGUGAUGUCGGAGUGCAGCCUGGAGAAGAAUGAGAGGGCCUGUAUUGACUUUGCCAUGAGUGCCAGGCCUCUGACCCGCUACAUGCCCCAGAACAAGCAAGCCUUCCAGUACAAGAUGUGGAAGUUCGUGGUGUCUCCCCCCUUCGAGUAUUUCAUCAUGGCCAUGAUCGCCCUCAACACUGUGGUGCUCAUGAUGAAGUUCCAUGGAGCCCCCGAUGCGUAUGAAGCCAUGCUGAAGUACCUGAACAUUGUGUUUACAGCUCUCUUCUCCUUGGAGUGUAUUCUGAAGAUCAUAGCGUUUGGUCCACUGAAUUACUUAAAGGAUGCCUGGAACGUGUUCGACUUUGUCACAGUACUGGGAAGUGUCACUGACAUUUUGGUCACUGAAAUUAAUACAACGAAUAAACUGAUCAACCUGAGUUUCCUGCGGCUGUUCCGAGCGGCAAGACUGAUCAAACUGCUCCGGCAGGGCUACACCAUCCGCAUCCUGCUGUGGACCUUCGUCCAGUCCUUCAAGGCUCUGCCCUACGUCUGCCUCCUCAUCGCGAUGCUGUUCUUCAUUUAUGCCAUCAUUGGAAUGCAAGUGUUUGGAAACAUUGCUCUGAAUGGUGAAACUGCAAUCAACCAUCACAACAACUUCCGAACUUUCUUCCAGGCUCUUAUGCUGCUGUUCAGGAGCGCUACGGGGGAGGCCUGGCACGAGAUCAUGCUGUCGUGUCUGAGUAGCCGCGACUGUGACGAGCGCUCGGGGUCGGACGGCAAAGAGUGUGGCAGCGACUUCGCAUACUUCUACUUUGUGUCCUUCAUCUUCCUCUGCUCUUUUCUGAUGCUGAACCUCUUUGUCGCUGUCAUCAUGGACAACUUUGAGUACCUGACUCGAGACUCCUCCAUCCUUGGGCCUCAUCACCUGGACGAGUUCAUCCGCGUCUGGGCAGAGUAUGACCCUGCAGCCUGUGGGCGCAUCACUUACCUUGAUAUGUAUGAGAUGCUGAGACACAUGUCCCCACCCUUAGGACUGGGAAAGAAAUGUCCUCCCAGAGUCGCAUACAAGCGGCUUGUGAAAAUGAACAUGCCGAUCGCUGAAGACAACACCGUGCACUUCACCUCCACGCUUAUGGCCCUGAUCAGAACUGCUCUGGAGAUCAAGCUGGCCUCAGGCGUGCCGAAUCAGCACCAGAGCGACACCGAACUGAGGAAGGAAAUCUGCACAGUCUGGCCCAAUCUUUCUCAGAAGACGCUGGAUCUGUUGGUGACUCCUCACAAGCCUAAUGAACUGACUGUGGGUAAGGUCUACGCAGCCCUGAUGAUCUUUGACUACUACAAGCAGAACAGGAUCAAGCGGAUCCAGCAGCAGCAGCUGCAGCAGCAGCUACAGUCCGCAGGGGGACUGGCCCAGAACAAGACCGGCGCCCUCUUCCAGCCCAUGUUGCCACUCACCUUCAUGCAAGACCAGAAGCCUCCUCUGAACAACGUGAAGCCCAGCUCUGCCUCGCUCAACAACGGGGGCACGCUGCCUGGACUGGAAGGGACUAGUAAGGAAUCUCCAUCCUGGGUGACGGAGCGCACUCAGGAAGUGUUUCAACGGAGCAGCAAGCGUACGAUCGAGAGAGGGCACUCUGAGGACACCCCAAACAGCAGUGGUGUGCAGGAGUCGGUGGAGAUGAGGAAGAUGGACUCCCAUGGGGAUCCUCAGCCUGUGCUAGAGAACCAGGGCCGGGCAGCCUCCAUGCCACGGCUGACAGCAGAGACACAGAGGAGCAAGUCUCGAUCCCCGGGGAGUUACCUAGCACCGAUCCCGGACUCCAGUCCAAUAAAGCGCUCCGUGUCCACGCUGACCCCACAGCGCCCCCUGGAGGUGAACCUGCAGGAUUACUCUCUGGAGCGCACGGCCCCCGACCGGACACACCACCACCAUCACCACCACCACCACCACUGCCACCGGCGCCGCGAGAAGGACAGGAAGCAGCACUCGCUGGAGAGGUCCCCCAGCCGCCAGGCCAGCACAGACGCAGGCACACCCGGUGACCCAGCAUCCUCCACCCUGCUAGGGGAGCCUGCAUCGCGGGACAGGGGGCGCGAGAGGGGGCGGUCACACGAGAGGAAGCAUCACUCCUCCUCCUCGGAGAAGCAGCGCUACUACUCCUGCGACCGCUACGGGAGCCGAGACCACUCCCAGCCCAAAUCCAGCAACCCGAGCCGCUCCACCUCCCCCUGUGAGGGCCAGGACAGACAGGGCAGUGGUUCAGUUAAUGGGAGCCUGGUGCUGUUGAGCUCUGGUGCGAGCACCCCUUGCCGAGGACGCAGGCAGCUGCCUCAGACGCCCCUCACCCCUCGCCCUAACGUUACCUACAAGACGGCCAACUCCUCCCCCGUGCAGUUCAGUGCUGGCUUGCCCAACUUCUCUCCGGCCCGGCUGAGUCGAGGCUUGUCCGAGCACAACGCUUUGCUGUGCGGCGACUCCCAGAACCAAUCCCACAUCGCUGUGACCCGCAUCGGCUCCGACCCUUACCUGGGACACAGGAACGAUUCAGCUGAGCCAGAGGAUGCGUUGACCUUCGAGGACGCUCUGGCCUCCAACAUGGGACGAGCCCCCAGGACUUCUUACACGGUCACCACCCCAACGCAGCCCCAGCAAAGCCGGGGGGUCCCCAACAGCUACCAUUACGCUGUGGGUGUCAGCGCGGGCCCCGGCUCGGGCACUAGGGGGCGCCGGUACUAUUACGAGGCGGACCAAGACGAUUGGUGCUAGCAUGGCUUUAAAAACAAUGCAAGGUUCUUGCAGAUUUUUAUGCAUUAAGUGAAAAAAAAAAAUCGAUGAGUUUUAUCAUCGCUCAAGGCUGUAGUUUUACACUGUUGCUGUAUGAAUGUAUGGAUCUGUUUUAAAUGAAAGUGAAGAAAGGAAAAAAAACAGCAUGCUCCGAAGAAAAGAAGGAUCCAUCCUGGAUGAAGAAAUACAUUUCUGUAUUUCC